AUGUCUCAAGAUGAGAGCCUUGAAGGAUCUCAAGGAUCGGUGAAUUCGGAAUGGGAUUCACUUUCAAUAGAGAAUGGAUCAUCAAAAGGAAAUGGCGAAAAAGGGAAUCAUGCAAGUUGGCCAUUGCAAAGACCAGCUUUGAGGAAACAAAGAUCACAAUCGGCGCAACAAGAUCGAUCUGCAAUUCUUCUCGAUUUGGAGUCACUUGACGUUGGGAAAGAUUGGAAUAUACGAAAACUUUCAAAAAUCAAUGCAGUGAGCAAACGAGUGUCCUUUUUGCAUCCAAUCACCCGAGAAUCAAGAGCUCAUUCAGCGCCUCGACAAGUUGGCGAGCUUGUACCACCAAUUGUUUUCACGUCAUCAUCCCGAACAGUCACUCCGGGAAAUUCGCCAAGAAGAGGAACAUCAAAGAAAAUGAAUGGCGGACGAGCAAGUGAACCACGUGAGUUGAAAGAAAGGAGAAAAGAA